GAGCCGGGAGAGCAGCGGGCUUCGCCGGGGAUUUCCAGCCCGAGCGGGCGGGAGAGGAAGUGCGGGGCGGGGGGAGACGGCGCACAGCGGUCGGGACUUUCCGCCGGGCUGGCGGUCGCCUUCGCCCGGCUCCAGCUGCCGCCCGCCGCCCCGCUCCCCGCACACGCUCGCAGGCAGGGGCCGAGCGCGCUGCACCCGCAGCCCGUGCCGGGACCUCGGCGGCGGCCGGUGCCCGGGGACAGAUCAGCCUGCGGCGGAGCGGCGCGGACUCUCCUGCCCGGACGCACUCGCACUCCAGGGCUUUGCAGAUUAACCUAUGACUGACUCAUAAUCUGAGAACUGCAGUGGCUUGUAAAAUAGGAAGCAGGAAGGCCCAAGUGCUUAGGCUUUAACUGAAUCAAGACCAGCUCUCAGCAGUGGGAAACAAUGUAUUAAUCAGUCGGAAGCACAGACUGCAGGCUUGUGUGUCACUGGGGUUUGUGUUGUGAAUUUUUUUCAUGUAAACAGGUAGGUAGGAACAAUUCUUCUGCUGUGUAUGUUUUUAAUAUGUAUGUUGAGAAACCUCAUGGCAGUUGUGUGAGUUGGGUUUUUUUUGGUGGGAUUUUUGGGUUGGUUUUUUUGUUUUUGGGGUUUUUUUUAGUAUUAGUAUCAUUGCAUGACACCAUAAAGUACCUCAUUCUCCUUUGCAUUUUCACAUCUUUAAGUUGAUGAUAUUAAUUUAAAAAAUCGUCUUCAGUGCCUGGGUUUGGUUUAGUUAUGAAUGAAGAUGAUACCUCAAAAGUCAGAACAAGUUUCAUUCUCAUUUCUAUAAAUAAACCCUCUUGUAGCAUUGUUCUGUCUCAUUGUGUGCCUUGCACACAAUCAGAAUGGACUUUUUGGCAAGUUCUGCAUUCUGCCUGGUGGACUUAAGUUGCAUGAUAGUAUAUGGAGGCUGGGUUUUUUUGUUUCUUCAGUUGUACUUGCAAGGAAGGUAAGCAAAUAAUUAUCUGUAUUUCACAAAAAAAAAAAUCUUCCUCUGAGAUGUUUGAUUUCAAAUAGAUUAAAAAUAUUAUUAGAACUCAUAGGUGGUAACCAGCUUCCUCAGUCAGCCACAGCCCAAUUUGGAAAACUGCAUUUAACCUUACUUGCAAGAGGAGAAAAUGUCCUGAAUCCUUUAGAACAGCACCUUAAGUAUGUUUGGGACUGUGCUUUCCUUCCUUGUUCCAUUCUACUUUUUCUGGAGUUUAAAAAGAAAUUAUGCUUCUAAAAAAAAAAGUUAGUCCUGUUUGCCUUCAGUUUAAGCUUUAAAUUAGGAAUGGAUAAAAGAAGUGAAACGUGCUCCUUUCAACCUCUCAUGACCAUAGGAAAUCCGUCAGUCCUUCAGGUGAGUGCUGGGGGUUGUGUCUCUGCAGAGGAGCAGCAGCUGAUGCUCUGGGACUACUCUGUGGCUUUUUCCUCGGAACAGGUACAGCUUUGUAAAGCUGGAAGGUAGAGAGGCUCUUUCAGAAUUCUCUGUGGAAAGGCAUAAAAAUUAACCUUUUUACUAUACUAGUACUAGACCAUAUGUUAAGCACUGUGACUAAGAACUUCUUGUUGGUAAUAAAUUAUGUGAAUUAAUGAUGAUGCUUAUAUACAAAAGUUCAUGUUCUUGUCACAAUAAGUUUUUUGUAGGUUCACAUAACAGUAUAACGAGUCCUUUUUAGGUUGUGAUGUAGAAGUAGCAUCUGCAGGAUGCAGGAAAAGGAAGUAGUCUGUUGGAAUAGUUGAACAAUCUUUUGGCCUUUUCUCUUUCUGUUUUACUCUCCCACACAGGACCAUGAACAAUUUAUGAAGCAGACCUGCUAUCUUUCUGUGAGAUUUUUUUUUUUUCCCUUGGCCACAUCUCAGUUGAUGCUAGAUGUUUAGUGUCAUUUUCCUAAGAAAUCUUGUGUGCCUCUGUGCUGGUAUGUGAAUGCCUGCCAGAAAGCAACUAGGCUACACAUGGCUGUCUUGAAGUAAUUUUUCACUGUCCUGAAGCAAAAGAGGUUAAGUAUUCAGGUGCUAGUCUUAGACUAACUGCAGAAACAAACAAAAAAAAAUUAAAGGUCUUAUUUUCCUAUUUAUGUUUGUUUUUUAGGGGAAAGGGAUAUUUUUAGUCCUUCUUCUUCCCAACUUUAUCAAGAUAUAAUUGUUUUUGUGUUCCUUAUUUCUAGUUCUUUUUUCACUUUUGACAGUUCCUAGCUUAAGACUGGAGCCCUAUUAUACAAGGUAAUACAUAUGAAGAGAUGGGAACUUGGUAGGUGCCCAGGUAAGAUCAGAGAAAGGGGAUCUGUUCCUCAAAAAAGGAGAGUAGAAAUAUACAGAAGUGCAUUAAGUCACGCAGAAAGUCUGUUAUAGCUUUCUGCUUUUGUUCUUCUCUUUCAAAGCCAGCAGGCCUCUCUUUCCCCUUUUCAAAUUUGUGAUCAUGUUUUUAAAAUGUUUUAUGUCAUGUGGUCUGCAAACCAAGGGAGGCAUUUGAAGCUGAAGAUGACCUUUAGUGGUAAAUUCUUUUCAGUAGAUAAAAAUUGAAAAUAAAACUAACUGAAACUUUGCUUGGGAGCCUAAACUGGGUAUAUAUUAUCCACUACAGGCAUGUCAAUGUUAACUAAGCCAUGUUAGAAGAAAAACUGUAAAGUCACUGUUUCAGUGCAUGAGAACUCAGCAGCCCCUGCAAAGAGUAAGCAAAGGACAUGUGCACAGCUUUGAGAAAUUAACCUCCAUCUGUUGGUGAGGGAGUGGGUAGUAGUUGUUUUCAUUGUAUCUGAGUCUAUACCUAUGUUGCCCAUUAUAUUGGCCUUUUAAGGGAAAGCAGAACCUUCAAACACGCCCCUAAAACCAGCCAGCCUUAGCACUGCUUUGAGCCAAACCCCCAAAGGAUGCAUCUCCCUCCAAACUCUCUCAUUUCCUUCCUGCUCAUGCCCAUAGAACACGCUCUGAUUGCUGCCUACUGCCCCUCUCCUGGGGCUGCACAGGAGGUGCCAGAGGAACGUGGAGGUUUCUGAGCUUUCCAUGUUAUUGCCAGCAGGUGCUCAGCCCUGCUUAAUGUUCCAGUGAGGCUGAACCAGAGGAGACUGAGCAGGAUGCUCCCCCAAGGAGGACCUGGAUCUUCAGGGAUAAUAGGUUGCUGAUGGUAGGCAGCUGCGAUGAGCUAAAAGAUCUGGCCUGGAGCCUGGCUCUGCAGGAUGCAGAAGGAAGGAGGGGUGGAAAGCAGUGAUGAGCCUAUUGUUUCAAAUGAGCCAACAACUUCUGAUUGACACCGAGGGCUCCUUGUUGUUCCCUUUGCUCUUAAACACAGCUGUAGAGGGGGAUGGAGGUAACUCAAAUUAGAGAUUAAACUUCCAGUGUCCAGAAAGGCAGUGGGCAUUAACUGAGAAAAAAAAAAAAAGGAUAAAAUUCCAUCUGAAUACAAGAAAAGGCUGUGGAUGUUCUCAGACACUGCAACAGGCUGCCCAGUGUGGUGGUAGAGUCACUCUGCAAAUCCUCAAAACCUGAUGGGUGGCUGUGCUGGGCAGCUCUGCCUGACCCUGUCUGGGCAGAGGGGGCUGGCCUGGAUGGUCUCCAGAUGUCCCUUCCAACCCCACUGCUUCUGUGAAAGCUUCUUUAAUAUUUGGAUGCAUUCUUUUGCUGCUGUUGUGGAACACUUGGGUAUAAUUACAAAUGCCCCUGCUGGGCACUUGUCUCACAAAUACUGCUGUUGUGUAAUCACGGCAGUUUUAAUUGUAUAGGGAAGGCAUCCAAGUGCUAAGUAGUUAAUUGACUAAACUCCCCAAUUUAACAAUGAAAGCAAAAAAAAAAUCCACCAGUAUCUCCCCAUUGCCUGAGCUGAGAAAACACCAAAACAUCCUGAACCUUACAAGACAUUUUGGUUUUAAUCCCUUAGAAUAUUACGGCUAUGAGAAUUAAAGGUAGCUGUAUUAUAACAAAAUUGUUUAUUAUUUUCCUCUCAUUCCUUCUAGUUUUUCCACAAAGUACUACCCUCAAAUUAUCCUGUGAAAAAUGGAAUAAAAAGUAGGCAGGAGCAUGAGGAGGAACAGCAGAGAAAAUGCUAAGCAAUCCCAACCAAACUGCAGUUUAUGCCUUCCAGCCCACGACUAGGAAGUCAUGAGAUUAUUUGAAAGAACUUUGCUGUGUUUCUUUGCUGGGCUCUUUCAGCCCUCCCCCAGUUGCAUUUUGCACAGCCCUCAGAAAGACUGCAGUGCAGUAGUUGGCAAGGAGGGAAUUACUAGGAGGGAAAAUCAAGCUGUGGUGGCUCCUCUUGCAGUGUGGUGUUGCUGAGAUCUGCAUUUUGGAGGAGGUAAUGAACGGCUGCUGUUGGAUUUCCAAUUCAGAAGUCUGGAAGCUUGCAGAAAAAAGGAUGUGAAUAAGUUUCCAUUUAAUGUCCCUAGAGUGCAUGGCAUGCUGGACAGCCACUAAGCUUAUUGAUGCAGUGAUUUGGGUUUUCUUCUUGAUACAAAACACCUGCAGUUUCUGCCUAAUACUUUGUUUUUAAUCCUCUGUGCUCAGACAGUGGAGAAUAAGGUAAGGUACUUUUUGUUGACUAACAUAUAAAGGAUAAUGGAAGUAAUUUCUGUAUGUUGUAGCAUGCAACAAUAACUGUGCUUGUUGGAAAGUAAAAGUUUUGAUUGCCUUUUUUUAUUGCUUGUAAUUCAUUGAAAUUCUUUGUAAUAAUUUCCCUGAAUUAUCUGGUGUAUUCAAGUUGAGAAACAGUUAUGUGUACUUCAUUAGUAUUAAAAGAGUGUUUUUUAGUCGGUUUUCACUUUGGUUUUCCAACAUAAUACGGAAUUAUUUUCAAGAUCAAUUAUUUUCAAUUGUUUUGAAAAUGUUCCUUUUUUUAUGUUAAUCUUAGGAGCUAAAUCCCCAAUCCUUUCUAUGUCUUACCAAUAUCUCUGGAUUUUUUUUUUCAUGCCAGAUUUUUAAGGGUGUAGCACUGUCAUAGUGCUGCUUUUCAUCUGUGGAGUGCACUUGUUUAGUAAGAAUGAAACUUUGGAGGCGCCUUAAUUCUCUGUGGUUUGGAAGGGGUUGGUUGGUGACUUGGGAGGGAAAGGAGAGGCUGAAAGCACAAAACUCCCUGCACUUAAUUUGGAUUUAUACCUAAGAAUACGAAGGGGCAUUGGCCUGGGGUCAUUGAUAUGAUUGGUGUCUGGAGUCAUGUCACACCUAAGAGUUUUAGAACUUCAUUUUUUUGCUGAGUUAAUAUGCAAAUGUUUAGUACAGAAAUUUGUACUGCUUUCAUGACAUCUGUAGCUAUAAUGGGCUGACUUGUAAUUUAUAUACUGUUUUGGUGGGGAAAGUGUAUGGUUGCAGAUCUCCUUUUUGUUUGAGUAAGCAUUUAUUCUUAGAGUUUUCUGUAAAUCUCAGUGCUGGGCUAUUUUUCCAGGUACUGUGUUUCUAGAAUGAGCCAGAUUGGGCUUUCAUUGGCCUGUGUGUGUUUUGCCAGGAUCCGUAACCACUCAUUAGCACGUUACUUACUCUGGUUGUGGUCCAAAGUAGCAUUGCUGCUACUUUGUUAGCAGCAGUAGCCUUUCCUUUCCACUUCCUGAGGACCAAAGGUGAAUUGUAGCACAUGACUAAGAUUAAAAAAAAAUCAGAAAGCCACGAAACCCCCUGUGCGAGUUUUACAGCCUCCUUCGUGGCUAAGUGCUAUCUUGGUCUCGUGUUACAAAGCCCCGCACUUCAGCUGUGGCGAGGGGAGCGAAAGCCUGGUGGGUGCAGGGCCAGGUGAGCAUUUCUGUGACACUGUGACCUUCCGUAGCCAGCUGUGUGACUGCUGAGGCCGAUCUGUGUGACUGCCGGGGCCAUUCCUGUGUGCAGGAUGACAUCGGGGAGCGCGCUGCCCGGCCGGGCCCUCAGUGCCGGCCUGCCCGGCGCCGCCCGGGAACGUCGCUGCCCUGGCACCGCGGAGUAGCUGCCCGGCUUGGCCACGGUGCGCGGCUGGACGCUGGGCUAGGGCAAAGAAAGAAACCAGGCAGACUGUAGCAAAGCUCCCUUUAUUGGCAGGAGUAAAGAGAACCCUAUCAGAGCAUUGAGAAAGCCUAUUCUUCUUUCUUCUCAAGCUGCGGAUCAAAUGAGAUUCAAAUAAAACGAAGGAAAUUCUCUUCUGUUGUCUGUGAAGGACAAUUGUUACAUGAGAAGGAACAUAUAAUUUCCAGACUGAUAGUUUACCAGUCAGCAAGUAAUUAGAAACUAUCUUAGAGCAUGGACCCCAGUAAGAAGUCAGAACCCCCUUUAUCUGUAGAAAUGGUACAGCAGAGGGCCAAUCCUGACCGCAGUCCAUCAGCAUCCAUCUAUGUUCCAGAGCAAGGUGGCUACAAAGAGAAAUUUGUGAAUGCAGUGGAAGAUAAGUACAAAUGUGAAAAAUGUCACCUCAUCUUAUGCAAUCCUAAACAGACUGAAUGUGGACACAGGUUCUGUGAAACCUGCAUGAAUGCCUUGCUGAGAUCUUCUAGUCCAAAAUGUACAGCAUGUCAAGAAAGCAUAGUAAAAGAUAAGGUAUUUAAAGAUAAUUGUUGCAGGAGAGAACUACUUGCCCUUCAAAUAUACUGCAGAAAUGAAAACAAGGGCUGUAAGGAACAGCUAUCUUUGGGUCAAUUACUGAUGCAUUUGAGGACUGAUUGUCAGUUUGAAGAACUCCCAUGUCCUCGUGCUGAUUGCAAAGAAAAAAUACUGAGAAAAGAUUUGCCAGACCAUGUAGAGAAGACCUGUAAAUACCGGGAGACAACCUGUAAAUACUGUAAAAGCCAAGUCCCAAUGAUUAUGUUGCAGAAACAUGAAGAUACAGACUGCCCAUGUGUCAUGGUUUCAUGUCCUCAUAAAUGUAGUGUUAAAACGCUCAUGAGGAGCGAGUUGAAUGCACAUUUGUCAGAAUGUAUUAAUGCCCCAAGUACCUGUAGUUUUAAGCGUUAUGGCUGCACUUUUCAGGGAACAAACCAACAAAUUAAAGCACAUGAAGCCAGCUCAGCAGUGCAGCAUGUUAACUUAUUGAAAGAGUGGAGCAAUGCUCUAGAAAAUAAGGUGGCCUUGCUCCAGAAUGAAAGUUUGGAAAAGAACAAGAGUAUACAAACUUUACAUAAUCAGAUUUGUAGCUUUGAAAUAGAAAUUGAAAGACAGAAGGAAAUGCUGCGGAAUAAUGAAUCUAAAAUACUUCAUUUACAGCGAGUGAUAGACAGUCAAGCAGAGAAACUCAAAGAACUGGACAAAGAAAUCCGUCCCUUCCGACAGAACUGGGAGGAGGCUGACAGCAUGAAGAGCAGCGUGGAAUCCCUCCAGAACAGAGUGACUGAGCUGGAAAGUGUUGAUAAAACUGCAGGGCAAGGAGCUCGGAAUACAAGCCUGCUGGAGACCCAGCUGAGCAGGCACGACCAGAUGCUGAGCGUUCACGACAUCCGGCUGGCUGACAUGGACCUGCGCUUCCAGGUCCUGGAAACUGCCAGUUACAAUGGGGUGUUGAUCUGGAAAAUCCGAGACUAUAAACGUCGGAAGCAAGAAGCAGUCAUGGGGAAGACUCUGUCCCUGUACAGCCAGCCCUUUUAUACUGGAUACUUUGGCUACAAGAUGUGUGCCAGAGUUUACCUGAACGGGGAUGGCAUGGGAAAGGGGACGCACUUGUCUCUGUUUUUUGUCAUCAUGCGUGGAGAAUACGAUGCUUUGCUUCCUUGGCCCUUCAAACAGAAAGUGACUCUCAUGCUCAUGGAUCAGGGACCGUCUCGACGCCACUUGGGAGAUGCUUUCAAGCCAGAUCCGAACAGCAGCAGUUUCAAGAAGCCAACUGGAGAAAUGAACAUUGCAUCUGGCUGCCCUGUCUUUGUGGCUCAAACUGUUCUAGAGAAUGGAACGUAUAUUAAAGAUGAUACUAUUUUUAUUAAAGUCAUAGUGGAUACAUCGGAUCUACCAGACCCCUGACAUACACUGGGGGAGGCGGAUUAAACAGAAGGCAACUCCGUUUGGGGGUUUUGUAUCAGUUUGUCUUCAAUCAGAGGUCCUAAAGCUCACAGAACCACCUUGUGGAACAGAUGGAAGAGUUUGAAGGCAUAACUGCAUAGGGUCCAAUUGCGAAAGUAGCAACACAUUAAGAAAUCAUACCAUGGUAUAUUUUUUAAUAGAACUAGCAACACUUGAGCUCUGACGAAUCACUUAUCCCUCGUCAGGAUAGUGGUUAUGGUCAGAGAGGAUUUUUUUUAACUUAUUAAUGAUCUAGUCAAUUGGAGGUGAAAAGACAUAUACAGUAUGUGCUGAAUCAAUUACUGACUUUUAUUUCUUUUAAGCUAGAAUACAAGAAAAACCCUUCACAUGUGGGCUAGCUGGAAAUUGUCAGCAUGUUAAAAGAAGAUGAAGUAAUGUUGCAAUUAUGAUAUUCUUUGAAAAACUGAGGUGCAAUCUUGUCUGAAAUAUAGUAUAUUGUCUUUUUAAGGCCUCAUCUGGUCUCUGUUUUAAUAAUUACUUUGUCAGAAGAUCUUGGAAAAGUAUCCAUGUCUUCUCAAAAGUAUCUGAAUCAAAAUCAUAUUUUUAUUUAAAGUUCUAUUGUUACAGAAAACAUUUUAUUUUAAAACUGUUGAUAGACUGAUAUUUCUUGGAAGAAAAAAUAGAAGAUAUCAAACACUGGUUAUCACUUGUGAUAGGAAAAAAAAACUAUUCAAUUCUGUUAUUUCUCUUUAGAAAUGUAAACCUACAAUAUAUGUCGUAGUUAAUGACACUAUUUCAAAAUUAAGGAAAAAUCACUCAUGGAUGCUGUGCAUCAUUAUCAGAUUUAUAAUUGUUUUCACCCUAAAAUAGGGCAUUUGUUGAACUUUGGAGUUCUAAACGGAAUCCUGUACAUUUUUUAAAGUUCUGCCCCAUGCUUUCCAAUCAAGCUAUAUAUGUUGCACAUUAUGCUGUCAGCAGUAUAUAGUAUUUUCAGUAUUGGGGAGGAGGAUUAGUGCUGAAAAAAGCCUCUAUGUUUGUUCUGUACUAGCAGCCAUUGCUUCAAGACAAACCAGCAAUGUCUUAAUACAGUGAUGGUGGCUUGCAUGCAUACAUGUGCCUUAGAUGUGCUGUGCUGCUUAUAAACCAUAGCUUUUUAUUCAGAUUAAUUCUGAUAUCUGAAAUGGUAGUUUAAUUGGACUUCAGGCAUAAUGUUUAGCCUUGUCUUCAGAGCCCUUAGGUACCUUGCAAUGUACGAAACAGAGGCCAAAGCCCUCUGCUUUGGCUUCUGCAGCUUCUAUGACUUGGCCAUGGUGGAAUCCAUCCUGUUGAGGUGCCAAAACGUUAUGCUCAGUGCUCCUAUGGAGCUUGGACUAGACAGUCUCCAUGGCCACUGCAAAGGCAGGCAACAUUUUUCCUCUAAUGCCUGUGGCUGUAAGGUGGCAUCACUUGAAACUAAUCCAUCUGAGAACUCUGGGGCUGUGAAUAUGGAUGCUCGUGGCAGCUUCUCAUAGCAGACAAGCAUCCUAAUGGGGAAUGCAUGGGCUUCUUUCUUGUAACAGCCUCAACUGUAGUGAAAAGCGUUUGCUAGCCCUGAAACAUGCUGAUUGCAACCUGCUGUGUUCAUCUGCUUCUAUUUAAUAGCCUGUGACAAGCAAGUCCAGAGACACAGCCUGACUGUGGUGCUCUUUAAAAUCCUGCUUAAGCAGAGCAGGCUUGCACCACUGUGUUUUCAGCCUUCGUGGGCUUGAAAAACCUAUUGCAUCUCAGCCUUUAGUGUCAGGCUGUAUCCGUUUUCUGCUUUUUUGAGGCAUAGUCACAAUUUUUGUCUAAGGUGCAGUUGAAUUCAUGCCUUUGUAUUUCAGCUUGUCUUUGCCGUUGUCUUUUUUGGCUGUGCCUUCACACACAGUGCCUGCAAGAAGUAUUUAUGGAUAUACAAUGCAUGCUAAGUGGUCUUCAUGGGUUUUCCAGGCACCUGCUAGAAUACUGCCUGCUGCUGAUUGUCCUGACUGUCAGCAGCAACUUGUCUUCCUUUUCUUGCCUUCCAUUGUCCGGGUACUUUACUCCCUCUAUGGUACGUGGCUGUCAACAGGUGCAAGCUCAAAUAUGGAGGCACGUGCUAGCAUUUAAUUUCUAGCACAGAAGGAGGAUGUUCUGCACAAGACAUAAAUAUCUACAGAUAUACCUGCAUCUAUAUCUCUAGAUAUAAUUGUAUGGCACUUGCAGUUUUAUGCAGGCUGCAUAAGUAAACCCAUCACUUACGCUUUAGGGCGAAGGUUCGCUCAACUUGUGUCAUUUUAAUAAUUGUGAAUGUAGGCAGCUGAGCUUUUGUGUUUGUGCAUCACAGAAUUUUACUGAAAACAGGAUUCCCAAGUGGAAAUGUCCAAAGGACUCUCCUCCCAUUGCUAAUGCAUGUCUUGUAAAAUUAAAUGAAACCGUUUGGCCAUCUCAAAACAGUUUAUAUCCUGUUUCAAUCUGGGACUUGGAGGAGAUUUUGAGUAUAAGCAGGGCCCGGCAUAUUCUGCAGAUUUGUGACUACAGUUUCCAACUUCUGUGACAGAAUUGUGCUUCUAAAUCCAAGCUCUUUAAAAGAGGAGGAAAAAAAAUAAUUUCCAGCCUUUGGUGAUUGAGGACUUUGAAACAUGUGAAUGUGAAAACCAAUAGGGAAGUCUUCCUGAGUCUGCACACAGCCUAAACUAGUAGCUUUAAGAGAUCUGAAUAUCUCGUCUUGGUGGGAUAUUGACUCAGAAACUUCACAGAGAAGUUUAAAUAUGAACACUGCUAACUAUCUAAAUGCCGAUCACUGUAGCAGAAACAUCAGUCACUGUUGUAUUUCACAGAUCUCUAUGCUGCUUUCCACAUCUCCCAAGUGCCAAAAGCACCAGCUGCCAGAAUCUUCAGCUUCACUUGGGCAGCUUUUAUAAUGCAGUAAUGUGCUAUCGAUAUAAAAAUAUUUUUGCAUAUGUGCUUUUUAUCACAGUUAAUAAAAUGGAGGCCUACUGCACUUAUUUUUUAAAACUACAUGAAGCUGCCAGAGAAUUUCCAGUUUGCCAACCCUGCGUACUGUGAAAUCCAGGAUCUUGCUACACAAAUGUAGACACCGCCUGCUGUGGAAUACCUGAAGCCUUGACUGUAACACCCCUUUCUCCACAGAACUCACAGGCCAUCUCUGUAGAGUUCUUACUGUGUACAUAGAAAUCGGUUUCCUCUGCUUUCCAGCAAGGAGUAUGUAGCAUUUUGUGAAAACAAGGCCACUGUAUAUUCUCUAAGUUGAAAGGAAAAGAUACCUGGUGCUUUACUCAACACUUUUAAGUUAUUUAACUGUUUCUCUCAUCGCUGAAAUGCCCUUUAUCCUUUUUCUCUUUGUUCCUGACUGAGAUAUCCGAAGUUUUCUAGGGACUGUCUGUUUAAAGUGAUUUCUGGGACAAAACCCUGCCCCUACGUAUACUCUUGAAUCCUGGCAAGCUCCUGGGGGCUGCCACUAUUGCCAGGGGGUCCCAGAGUAUUUGCAUUACUUUGAACAGAGCUCGUUCAGUGGAACCACGUUGUCCUCUACUUAGUAGUAAUUCUUAGCAGCACACAGCUGAAGUCUCUUGCUGGUGUUCUUUCUUCACGGUGACGCUCCAAGUUACGUACAAACCUCUUCUGUUUCCAGCUUCCUCUAGGGAGAUUCCAGUGUGUGACAAUCUGGAUGUUGCCCUUUGUGUACACUCUUCAGCACAGAGUGAGUGCACCUGUUACCUAGAAAGUCUUGAAUCCUAAGCAGGAUGAAACUAUUUGGGUGUUUGAAGACCAACCUGCAAUUAUGAUGCAUGACCAUGUCUGCAUUGCUUCUCUGAGCUAAUUAACUGGGGUCUUGUUUCAGUUACUGUCUACACGGUACACCUUCAACUGCUGACUUACAAUAUGCAAUGUUGAUUUCAGCCUUGUACUGUAAAUGAUGUUCUUCACAAAGAGAAUGUGCAAUAGGAAAAGGGAAUGGUGGGUGGCAUACUUUUGAUGGGAAAAACACGUUAGUUUUUUAAAAACAUAGAAAAAAAUGAAAUGCAGCUUAUUUCCUUUUCUUGUGGUGUUUUCUACUUGGAAAAGGAAAGAUGAAGAUAUGUGCCUGUUUCUGUGCCUGGUGAAUUUCUCAAAUGCAAAGGUAAUAGAGAUUUGUGUUAGCUGGGAUUUAAGUGCUGAACCCAUGAAUGUUAGGCUGUGGUUGUAUCGCUUCUGUUUCCUCAGCUUGCCAUGAUUAUGGCUUGCUGAGCUGGAGUUUAAAAGCUACCACCUAUUUGUAUUUGUAUUCCAUCACCUGGGAUAGGCAUUUCACCAACAGUGCAGGGUAUCUGUUGAUGUUUUGUUCAGUUUUUAAAACACUGGUGCUCUUUGGUCCAAGACUGAGAAGCGUGUAGGGAGUGACAAGGAAAGUUGCCUGCACUGCAGAAGAGUGAAAAACAUGACUGCAGUAUUGAUGCCUUUGAUAUGAUUUAACUAUGCAAAUAUACAGAUAGGCGAGGGGGGAAAUUCCUGGGUUGCAUACCUAAUCUCUUAGAUUUUGCUCUGUAAAUUACUUGUAUGUGUGUAGGUACAUACAUAUACACACAGACAUGCAUGCACAUAAAUAUGCAAAGUCUUUUCUUUAUGUAGAAGUGAUGAAACAAAACCCUUUCCUCCAAGUUAUACUUGAUCAAUUGGUGCAAAUAUAACUUGCUGCUAAAGGAGGAUCUUGGCUAAGGGCAAACUGAUUCGUAUCUUUCAGGUUUGAAGACCUGUAUGUAGCAAACACUUCAUUUAGCUUUUCUGAAGACUCUGAAUUGUAAUUUAGGACACAUGUUCUUCCUCAUGUUGUGAUAAUUUGGAGAUUCCUGUAUUUUAAACAACUAUAGCGAUGGGCAACUUUUUGAUUGCAAAUUAUUUCCUCUAAUUAGGAAAAAAAAUUAUAAAAAGCAUCUGGACCUCUUCCCUGGAAUUCCUGUCCUGUUCAGUCAAUACCUUGAUAUUCUGGUUGACCUAGAAGUCAAAGCUACUGCAAUAAAAGUAAUUGAUUUGGCAGUUUAAUCUCAGUUUUUAAUACUGUGUACAGUGUAUAGCAAGUGCUAUUUCUCUUUUUUGGAACAAGGAAAUCAAGGAUGAGAUGUGAUUUUCCCACAGUCACAAAAGGAAUCUCCUGGAGCCGGGACUGAAUGAGAGGUUCCAGUUCCCUAGCGUUAUCUCUGAAUCACGAGGUUUUACUCUUUUAAUAUAUUUAUCCCUUAGAAGAACUGGAAAAUAAGUUGACAUACCCUGAAGACCCACAUCAGGACAGUAAGGGCUAGAAUUAAACAUACAAGCUGUCAUGAUUUGGGGUUGUUACACGCGUGGUGGCCCAGACGCACGGAGUGAAGGCCAGCACAGCAUGUCAGUGUCAGUAACAGCAGCAAACCUGUGUCCUGCUCUGUCUGUUCAGAAUUGUCCAACAAAACCAGUCUUGUUUGAUGCCCCUCUUAACUAAGGAGGGCAAAUACCAUUGUACAGUGAAGUGGGUUCAUCUUUGUUCUACCAGUCAGUGUCACUGACCAUUUCUUCCUUGUGGGGCUUUCUCCCUUUUUCUGUAAACCAAAAUCUGGAGGGCUUAAUUGUUCUUUCUUGCCUCUUAAUCCAGGCCUUUGCAGAGAAGCACCAGAUAGGAAGGUUGUGGAAAACUUUGGAUUGCUGAUUCAGGGACAUCCUCUUAAGAUUUAGAAGACUAGAGUUAUAAAAUACAAAAGGGAUCUGACUAUUCCUGUUUCUCUUCUAAUAUAUGGUCAAGACUGCAGCUUCUGUCUUCCAUUUCAUGAUGUCAGUGUAGAUACUAGGCUGUGUUUUUUCAUUAUUUCCCCUCCAAGUUAGGAUUAGUUCCUUAGGUUCAAAUCAGUUCUGAAUUUCACAGAGAAGCACCUGAACCAAAACCCUGGAUUCAAACAUCCCAGACUUGAUGUGGAAUUCAAAUCUGGAUCCCGACUCUGUGGCUUACUAACCUACCCAUUCAGGGAAGGGUUUGUUGUCUCUAUGUGGUGUUUGUGUUUUUGGUCCUUUGGAACUAAGCUUUUAAUUUGGUUGCCAGUUCUGCAAGGACUUUUUAACUUCUUAGCAAUGCCGGUGUUCACACGCUCCAUUGCUGGCAGUGCGAUGCGUAGUGAUAAAAUUUGACUCUGUCUAAGGGUUACUGAGAUAAACCAGCAUUACCAUUCGUAAAGGUCAUUUCUUGCAUAGUGUUCCGAGCUUGGUAUUUGAAUAUAGCUCGCACCUGAAAGGACACAUCUUCCAACUAUGACCUGCAUCACUGGCAGAGAGUUGUGUAAUCUGUACUUGUGGAAUGGGAAGGUACAAGCUUCCAUCGUUGCUGAUGCAUCGUGUAAUCCACCUAUUUUGUUUUUCUUAUCGCUGUUGUUUGGUUAAUACUUUUUUUUUUUUUCAGUUUUAUAGAAAAAAAAUGGGGAAGUUCAGGAUUUUUUCUACAUGGUAUAAAACUCCAAUGAAUUAGUAGUGACUAAAGAGCUGUGAAAAAUACCCCAUUAGGAGAUGAUGGGCUAAAUGUAGGUCCAUUUCUCUUAGACAAGUAGGAUAACCUUUAAGAUGCAUGGAACAACAUAAAAAUCGGGAAAACUAAAGCUGACAUUUGUUUCCAAGAAAUUCUGUGAGAACUAUCUAUGGAAAAGACAUCAGUGAUUGAGAAUAAUGUACAAAUUAAUGUGUUUGAAACUUGUGUAUCCAUUUCUUUAAUCUCAUACUCUUCAGUGAACGGUACACUUGUGUUCAGUUUUAUGAUCAAAAACAAAGACCAAAGAAGGCCAGCCUCAUUUGAUUGUGUAUAUUCUGCCUGUCUUAAUUAUCAAUAGCUGUAAGGAUACAGUGCAAGUGAUCUGGUAACCAGUGGUUCUCGUCCUUUUCUUUUAGGGGGGGAAAAACAAUUUUAAAAUGUAUAAUUUAUUGCUCAGCAAUAACCAUGUUGUUAAAAUAAUAAUAAAAAAAUGAAUUAGCAACAUGUCUUAAUUUCCCAAUAGCAUUAUUAUAUGUUGUAUUUCAGUUUACUGUAUAUUGUGUUUUUGUAUUUAUUUGUGUUUGGAGGUCUUGCUAUGUCUUUUUGUGUUUUAAAUGCUAAUAAACAAGGACAGUGUGUAAGAGUGUAGAAUGCUGAACUCUGAAAUGCUAAACUGUGUUAUUAAAGGAAAAAUAAAUAAGUAGGAAAUAAUAUUUUUUAAAAAAA